AUGGCUCUCCCUCCCCAUAGAAGCCACACUUGCAACCUGAAAGAAGAUACACCAGCCCGGCCGUCCGAAAUGGGCUCCAUUUUUUCGGGCCACGCCUCUUACACUCCACUGUGGCAUUCAGACCCCACGCCAGACUACUGGUCUUCCAGCAUCGGUGAUGACGCACACAGUAUUGUACCGGUUUCUGAACAAGAGAGACUUGAAGACAUCAUCGGCAUUUCCCUCGAGCGUACAUGUUAUGGAUUCGCUCCAAGCCAAGGACGCCGCUGCCGCAACCCUAUCGCCCGGCACAGCCUAAACAUCGCAUCAAGGAGAUAUCAUCAAUACCAGGCCGCAGCUGUAUCCCAGCGGUGGGCAGAGAAGGUCGCUUCUUCAUUGGCGCAAGGACAACCCGCCUAUGUUAUCCCUACUCGCUCUCCUCUCUCACAGCGGCAGUCAGCGUAUGCUAGCCAGUCUACGACCAGACGAGUUCGUGCUCCAAUACCACCAAGGAGUGUAGGUUUUGGUGGACGCGCAAGUGAUCAAAGAGACACAUCCUCUGGACAACCUACCUUUGUGCCAGUCCCUCGCCCGAUCAUUUCUCGACAGUCUAUUUCACAGCCUCCUAUUGCCCAUCUUCCCACUGCUCUGUCUAAUUCAUCCAAUACCACUCCCGUUCGAUAUACCGCCAGGAAAUCUAUCAAACCCAACGAGGAUUGCCCAGUCUGUCAAGAAGUUCUUGUACCAGGGUUGAGAUCGCGUCGCCAUACCAGGCCUCUUGAUGGCCCUAGAACAACAUGGUGCAUGGCACAAUGUGGCUCAAAUUUCCAUGCCGAAUGUAUAGAGGAAUGGAAACGAUCGUUUAGUGAUCACGUUCAACCUAGUUGUCCCUGCUGUCGAACUCCCUGGAUGAACCAUGGCGACUACUCUUGGCCGGAGGUAGAGGAAGAAGAAGAAGAAGAAGAAGAAUCUACUACAGACAGUAAUGAUUCUCGUAAUGCCACCCAACCGCUUCCAUAUGCGAGUCGCGGUUCUUCUGAGCAGGAUAGCAGUGGACAGUCAAAUGAGGAGCAACUGGAGAAGGAAGAGACUAGUUCGGGAGACUCUAGCCCAGAAGAGGAGAAUCUCGUUGCAUAUACUCUAUCCGAUAAUGAAGGUUCCACAGCCAGCAGCAUAGAAGCUGUAGACCAAGUGGAGCCAGAAGGAGCUGGAACCGAUCUGGAGAACCCUAACAUAGAAGAUCACACACUACUGCCGGAGAAUAACACAUCAACCUCAGCACUCAUACUUGCUCCAGAUUAUUCUAGAGAAACGCCAUCUCAGCCCAUCCUUGAGCAAUAUAUCAGUCCUAGUGUUGACAGUAGCCUCGCCGGUACCUACUCACAUGCUACUACGCAGACCGAAAUCUCAAUACCACAAUUUAUAAAUCGGGAUGAUAAAGAUGAUGACCCUGAUCAUGGUAGUUGCCUUGGCCCUCUAGUGAAUAUUUGGCAUAGGGUGCCUAGCAUUUUGUUGAAACUUUCCUAA